CCUUUCCGUGCUUGUUUGGUCUCUUUCUCUCUCUGCGCCGCGUUCUCUUCUCUCCUGGAUUCAGCAAAAUCGAACUUAUUCGAUUUUUUUUUCUUUCAUCUUCUUCGUCUGAUUUCGUCUAAACGCUACUUCUUGAUCCAAGGCCAAAGUAUGGAGCUUUCUGAUCUAAACAACGGCAAAAGCACCAAACCAAAGCAGCCUCCAAAACGUUUCAUCAAGAACCAAAUCCCUGACUCAGUCCUCAAUGAUGCGUCCCUCAACGCUGCUAUUUCAAUCCUCCCUUCAAUUUAUCAGUUUGAGGUCCACAAAUGCGUUUGGAGGAUCAAAUCAUCGAAUGCUAAACGCAUCGCUCUGCAGCUUCCUGAGGGUCUUCUUAUGUACGCCCUCACUCUCUCUGACAUCUUCACAUCUUUUGCUGGAGCCUCUCACUGUUUUGUUCUCGGUGAUGUCACUUAUGGAGCUUGCUGUGUUGAUGAUUUCUCUGCCUGUGCUCUUGGUGCUGACUUGCUCAUUCACUAUGGACAUAGUUGUCUUGUCCCUAUUGACUCUACCAAAAUCCCUUGCCUUUAUGUCUUUGUCGAGAUACAGAUCGAUGUCAAAUGCCUGUUGAACACUAUCCAUCUUAAUCUCUCGAGUGAUGCCAAGAACAUCAUUCUUGCAGGCACAAUUCAGUUUACUUCGGCCAUUAGAGCUGUGAAACCUGAGUUAGAGAAGCAAGGUUUCAAUGUUUUGAUCCCUCAGUCAAAGCCUUUAUCGGCUGGUGAAGUCCUUGGUUGUACAGCUCCCAAGAUUAAGACAGUUGAGGAUUGUAAAGACCAAGUACUGGUCUUUGUAGCUGACGGGAGGUUCCAUCUAGAAGCAUUCAUGAUAGCCAAUCCGAAAAUCAAGGCGUUUAGGUAUGAUCCAUAUCUGGGCAAGCUGUUUUUAGAGGAGUAUGAUCACAAGGGAAUGAGGGAGACGAGAAGGAGGGCAAUUGCACGGGCCAGGGAUGCAAAAACUUGGGGGAUUGUGCUGGGGACAUUGGGACGGCAAGGGAAUCCCAAGAUUCUCGAGAGGUUAGAGAAGAAAAUGAGGGAGAAAGGGAUAGAUAGUACAGUUGUUUUAAUGUCGGAACUUAGCCCCACAAGAGUAGCAUUGUUUGAAGACUCUGUGGAUGCGUGGGUCCAAAUAGCAUGCCCAAGGCUUUCAAUUGAUUGGGGUGAGGCCUUUCUUAAGCCGCUUCUGACAACUUUUGAGGCUGAGAUUGCUCUAGGAUUCAUCCGCGGUUGGUGGGAGAAGGAUACUUCGAGCAGAGGAGAUUCUUUGUCUGGCUGUUGCAAAGAGAAGAAAGAAACAAGUUGUGCGUGUAGUAAUGAAAACGUGGAAAAUGAUAAGAAAGACGACGAUGGAGCACUCGAUGGAGACUAUCCAAUGGAUUAUUACGCACAAGAAGGUGGAGAAUGGAAUUCUUCAUAUCUCAAGAAGUCAUCUCGUCCCGUUCGAAGAAACCCUUUACCUUCUUCUAUAGUUUAAAAUGCUGGAGGUUGUGACAGAGUAAAUUCACAACUGAUAAUUACCCAAGUCGGCAAAUGGGUUUAUAACUUUCCUGCUGAAGAAUGUUUACUUGGGGAGUAGUUGAAGUGAAACUGUCGACUGUGUUUGAGACUUUGACAGAACUUGAAGAGUGAAGCCUCAUGCACAGUUUUGAAACAAGUCGUGAGGAUUAAAAGGGAUGUUUGUAAAGAGAGGUUACAACACUUGUUUCUCUCAUUUACUGAGAUUUUGUCUGCUCAUUUUUUGUAUUGAUACAACAAAAUUAGUGAUAAAAGUGAAAAAUUUAGGACCCUAUGUUUCUCUGCCUGUAGUGAAAACUGAUGAUGUUAUGUUGCAGUCGGACCAGGUUUGGUUUUGAUAAUGAAGUUUCUGGUUUGAUCGGGGAAGA